AUGGCUUCCCAGGACACCGCCCAUGAUGGCCACCUCGAUGCGACCGCUGGCCGCGAUGUCGUCUUCUGCCAUGCGUGCUCUCAUGAAUGGUAUCGAGACCAACAUGGCCUCACAUGUCCCAGUUGUAGUGGCGACAUCACUGAAAUUAUUGAUCCUGGAAACGAUCCCCGCGAUCUCGGCCACCGCUCCUCGGCAUCCACAUCCCCCGAGCUCCCUCCCCUUCGGAAUAUCGACGACGAUGACUCGGAUCCGGACGAAGCUGAUAUCACUGAGCAACUUGGCCCCCACGGUUUUGCCUUUCGCCGCAGUGUAAGGGAUGGCCCGGAUCACCAUCACCAUCACAACCCUGCCGUUGACCCCGUUCUCGAACGCUUCCUUAACAUGGUUCAAGGGUUCGGUCCACCUCGUCGGCCUGUUACAGGCGGCCCUCCUUUCGCUCCAAAUCAAUCUGGCCAGCCCCCGAAUCAGCCCGGCCAGGAGUCUUUUAUGCAACCUCACAUUCACCGAACAACCUUUACAUCGGGGACCUUUGGUGGAGGGACAACUUCCGUCACGAUUGUUUCCGGACCGCUCCAUGGAGGUCAAGCAGGAGCCUCUCCCAGAGGCCCUGGGCCAGAUCCCUUCCAAACGUAUGCACCGUCCUCUCCGAAUCGACCUCGGCCAACGGGCGGUUUACGAGUCACGAGCAUAUCCAUGACGAUGGGGGCUAACCAUCCUUCCAGAAUCUUUUCAAACCUCGUCCAGGAUAUGAGUAACCCUGAUGAUCCCAACACAGCAGACCCCGAAAACUUCAAUGUUCCCGUACCCGCCUUUGCAAGAAGUCUGCACGAUAUCCUAAAUCUUCUCAAUCCUGGCAAUGCCAUGGCUGGCGACGCAGUCUACUCCCAGGAGGCUCUGGAUAGAAUCAUCACCGGCCUGAUGGAGGCAAACCCCCAGUCUAAUGCGGCUCCUCCUGCGACGGAGGCGGCGCUCCAGAACCUACCCCGGAAGCCAGUAGAUAAGGAAAUGUUGGGCAAUGAUGGUAAGACAGAGUGCACCAUCUGCAUCGAUGAGAUGAAGGAGGGCGAGACGGUAAUAUUUCUACCAUGCAAGCAUUGGUUUCACGAGGCAUGCGUUGUGCUGUGGCUGAAGGAGCAUAACACCUGUCCCAUAUGCCGAACUCCCAUCGAGAAGAAUGACCGCGGGAACAACAGCAAUGAUAGCCGCGGCAGCGGUAACCCCGGCGCAGGGCAAAGCUCGCAGAGGCCACCUCAUCGUCGAACGUCUACGGGAGUGUUUCCAAGCGGCUCUGGUUGGAUAACGACCUUUGGGGGCUCAUCUGAGACGCCGGAUGGUGGUCAAACUCGCUCGACGCGGAUUACACGGUCACCAAACCAUACCCCUUCCUUCCAUGAUGCAUUUGGCAGCACGCCGUUGUCCCAGCGAGAGCGAGAGCGCAACCGGGACCGGGGGACAACUUCCGGAUUCAGCUACGAUACUUCACGACUACAACGACGUAGCUCCCACUCUCCAACGAGUCCUCGAGCAGCGGGUCCUGAGGAGCACGCAGCCCGAAUGAGGCAGAGAAGCCCUUCACAAAGCAGCCGCCGCUCAACGUCGGACCGAGACCAACGACGACAAAGCGGCGGCCAUGGACCCAUUAGCUGGCUCCGUGACCAGUUCAGUAGGGGAGGACCUGGCGGUGGCUCAUCCCGCGACGGAAGGCGACAAUAG